AUGAUUGAAAGUGUUUGUACAUUGCUCCUUUUACAUCAUGCACAUUUUUUGCUAAUCUUGUGCUUUCUAUGGCAGGUGGUGCUGGAGGUAAACAGUGAAUUUAUUGUUGAGGUGAAAGAAUUAGAUAUGGAAAAUGGCACUACAAAAUGGCAGACGGUGAGAAGACAAAAGCGAGAGUGGAUCAAGUUCGCUGCGGCAUGUAGAGAGGGUGAAGACAACUCAAAGAGGAAUCCGAUUGCCAAAAUUCGAUCAGACUGUGAAGUGAACCAGAAGAUUACGUAUCGCAUCUCUGGCGUGGGGAUUGACCGACCACCUUAUGGAGUAUUCACCAUUAAUCCUCGUACUGGUGAAAUCAAUAUCACUUCAGUGGUGGACAGGGAGAUAACUCCAAUUUUUCUGAUCUAUUGCCGGGCUCUGAAUUCCCGGGGUGAAGAUUUAGAAAGACCUCUUGAGCUUCGAGUCAAAGUUAUGGACGUAAACGAUAAUCCACCAGUAUUUACACAAAAUGUGUACACAGCCAGCAUUGAAGAAAACAGUGAUGCCAACACACUGGUUAUAAAGUUAAGUGCCACAGAUGCAGAUGAAGACAAUCAUCUGAAUUCUAAAAUCGCUUACAAGAUCGUAUCUCAGGAGCCUGCAGGUGCACCUAUGUUUAUUCUGAACAGGUACACUGGGGAGAUUCGCACCAUGUCCAGCUUUCUUGACAGAGAGGAACACAGUAUGUACACCCUCCUUGUGAGUGGAUCAGAUCGGGAUGGAGCUGCAGAUGGACUGUCUUCCAACUGUGACUGUAGAAUCAAGGUUUUAGAUGUCAACGAUAAUUUCCCCAAAUUAACGAAAACUUCAUACUCAGCAAGUAUUGAAGAAAACUGUUUAAAUUCAGAACUGAUACGGUUACAAGCAAUUGAUUUGGAUGAAGAAGGCACUGACAAUUGGUUGGCAAAAUAUUUCAUUCUCUCUGGAAAUGAAGGAAAUUGGUUCGAUAUCCAAACAGACCCUAAAACUAAUGAAGGCAUUCUGAAAGUUGUCAAGACACUGGAUUAUGAACAAAUGCCGAAUAUUCAUCUUAGUAUUGGAGUUAAAAAUGAAGCUGAAUUUCACCACUCUGUCGCAUCUCAGUUCAGAAUGCACUCUACUCCUGUGAGGAUUCAGGUUGUUAAUGUGAGAGAGGGGCCUGCAUUUCAGCCGAACUCUAUGACUUUCAGUGUGAGAGAAGGCACAAGAGGCGAUUCCUUACUAAAUCACGCACUUGGCACGUAUACAGCCAUAGAUCUGGACACAGGAAAUCCUGCGACAAAUGUCAGAUAUAUCAUAGGACGUGAUUCAGGCAGCUGGCUAAAAGUUGAUUCACGAACUGGUGAAAUACAAUUUUCUAGGGAAUUUGAUAAGAAAUCAAAAUAUAUUGUCAAUGGAAUAUACACAGCAGAGAUCCUGGCUAUAGAUGACGGCUCUAGGAAAACAGCCACUGGAACCAUAUGUAUUGAGGUGCCUGAUGUCAAUGACUACUGUCCAGUCAUCUUUACUGAAAGCAGAACCAUCUGCGUUGCCUCUCCUUCAGUCCUUAUCUCUGCAAGAGACAUUCAUGAACAUUCUUAUGGCUCUCCCUUCACCUUCUGUGUGGUUGACCAGCCACCAGGAACAGCUGACUUAUGGGAUAUUAGAUCCAUAAACGCUACCUCAGCAAUCCUGACUGCUGUACAGCCUUUAUUUCCUGAACUCUACCAGAUCCCCAUCUUAGUGAAGGACAGCUAUCACAGGGCAUGCGAGUCUUCCCAGAUUGUACAGUUGUAUGCCUGUGACUGUGACAGCAACCACAUGUGUUUGGACCCCAGUACAACCACCAUCUACACUGGGGACGCCAGCUCCAAUAGCGGCGACAUUAAUGGGUUUGUCACUGACAACGGAAUUGGAGACUCCAAUGUUGGUCUUGGCCCUGCAGGGAUGGGCAUGAUUGCUCUCGGCUGUUUAAUGCUGCUUCUGGCACCUCUCCUGCUGCUCAUGUGCUGCUGCAGACAAAGACAGCCGGAAGGACUGGGGACACGGUUCGCUCCUGUGCCGGAAGGGGGAGAAGGAGUGAUGCAAUCUUGGAGAAUAGAAGGUGCACACCCUGAAGACAGGGAUGUCUCAAAUAUAUGUGCACCUAUGACAGCCUCUAAUACCCAGGAUCGCAUAGAUUCUUCCGAAAUCUACACCAACACCUAUGCUGGCGGAGGCAUAGCUGAAGGUGGUGUAUCAGGCGUGGAGCUCAACACAGGUGUUGGAACAGCUGCUGGCCUCGUGGCAGGAAGCGCAACUGGAGCAACGCGGAGGAGAAGUUCAACGAUCGGCACCCUGCGGGAAUAUGCCGAGUCCGGCGUGAACAUGGCUUUCUUAGACAGCUAUUUCUCUGAGAAAGCAUAUGCUUUUGCUGAUGAAGAUGAAGGUCGACCAGCAAAUGACUGCUUGCUUAUUUAUGAUCAUGAAGGAGUGGGUUCUCCUGUGGGCUCCAUUGGUUGUUGUAGUUGGAUUGUGGACGACUUAGAUGAGAGUUGCAUGGAAACUUUAGAUCCAAAAUUUAGGACUCUUGCUGAAAUCUGCUUAGACACAGAAAUUGAGCCGUUUCCUUCACAACAAGCCUGUAUUCCUAUCAGUACAGAUCUCCCUUUGCUUGGACCUAACUAUUUUGUUAAUGAAUCUUCAGGAAUGACUCUCUCAGAGGCUGAAUUCCAGGAAGAAAUAGCAAUGCCUGAGCCCAUCCUUCCUGGGGAUAUUAUAGUGACUGAGACUUACACCACUGGGGAUCCAUGUGCCCAUCCGACCACAAUUGUCUUUGAUCCACAGCUGGCACCCAAUGUUGUUGUAACUGAAACAGUAAUGGCACCUGUUUAUGAUGUUCAAGGAAAUAUUUGUGUACCUGCUGAGUUAGCCAACACACAUAACAUAAUCUAUACUGAGAGAGUGCUGUCUAGUCCUAGUAUUCCUGGUAUGAGUAGUAGUAGCAUGGUUGAUGGUUGUAUGGGAUCCAUGAUAAGUGGCAAUAUUCUUGUAGGGCCUGAAAUUCAAGUGGCACAAAUGGUGAGUCCAGAUAUUCACAUUAGCCAGACCUCUAGCUCCACAUCCCCAAUCACAUCUCGACACAGGGUAACACAAUAUAGCAACAUACAUUACUCCCAACAGUAA